AUGUCCGACUGGGCCGCCAAACUACAGUCUCGAGGCUCACAGUCCCCCGACAGUGUGGCACACGCAUCUGUGUCCAAGUCGGCGCUGCCGGAGCCUUACAAUGCCUCAGAAGUUCUCAGAGCUUUAUCUGCCCGAUAUGAUAAUAUAGUGGCAGGAGCCAAAGCCGACAAAACGGGAGAAAAGGCCAGGGUUUACCGGUCGCUAGAGUCGAGUUCAGCAUGGAGCACUAAGGGAGGAGCCAACAAGAAACGGGACGAUGAGUACAAUUUACUUUUUGAAGUGAAUCGGUCCAUUCACAUCCAGAAACAUCGGAAAUAG